CUAUUCCCUCCCUAGUAAAGCAUGUUUCCGUACAAGCUUCUAUCAUCUCAUUCCAUGAUACACACGAUAUAAGCUUUGUUCCUUAAACGCAACGUGUAAAACCCGAUGAAAUGCACCCCGUAAAAGGAAACUUUCCCCUUUUUAUAAAAGGUAGCUAACGAAAUCUGGCGAAAGACCGGGAGCGUACCCUCACUACGGGGAGCGUUUGUUCGCACCUUUUCGCGAGAGCCAUAUGCUCCAGCUCGGGUCCAGAUCAUCAAUGCGUAAGGCUCCAAAGUUCGUGUUGCUGUCGCAGUUGCUCCAAUGCGGUUCGUACGUUCUCUUUAGCAAAGAGGCACACGCUCUCACCGUCCGUUCAUUUCACUCAUCGACCGUACACUCAUCCGUGCCGUGCCAUUUCGCUCACUCGCGAUGCCGAUGCCUUCGGUUCUGCACAACCACGGGUACGAUGCUGAUGCUGCUACAUGCCUGCCUGCUGUAACAGGUUGGUAUUGAGUUUUCGCGCGAGAGCAGGUCAGUUCGAGAUAAGCUUUCGAUCAGUGCGGUUGGGUACGGAUUGGUGCAUAUUGUUUUUUUCCUUCCUCACUCUCCAAACCUAUCAACAUCUGAGGUUGCCCUGCUACUAGUUGUGUGCAAUGUUUAAUACGGAUGUUAUGAUUGUUGUUGAAAAACCAGUAUAAAUUAAACAUUCCAGUGCCUGCAAACAAUGAUGGCAAUGAGAAAAUAAGAAAAUGGAUUAAUCUACAUGUGAAGAAUCAAGUGCGUCGGCAACACCAUCAUCGCCGGCACCGGUCAUCGUUAGUGCGGUACACAAGCGCGACCGGAUGGCGAUGUGGAAACAUUAUGAGGAUGUAAUGUUCAUCAAGUUGAUUGCGACGGAUUCAUAAUCGAAAGAAACAAUUCGUAACCUUUCGAGCAAACACUCGGUGGCCCUGCGCACACAUACGCACGCACACACACACACAAAGAGACACAACAUUUUCGUCCCCUCGUCCCGGAUACUGGCACAAACACAAAUGCCAACAGCAUGGCGGCAGCGAUAGAGGAAGCAGUGUUUAAUGCUCUACGGGGACAUCACAAUGCGCAUACGAAGCUGCCUUCGCCCCGAAUAAUUAAGAUCUAUGUGGCAAGUUUAAAGGAUGACUUCAAAGAGGAACGCCGUCUACUGCUGGAAGUGAUUGGUCCGGAUCUGCAAACCCUGUACGAUGACCGGCAGCUUGAGAUUGAAAUAGUUGACAUACACUUCGGUACCGGUAGCGAUGGAUUCACCACCGUAGAACUGGAUCCGUACGUGCUCGAGGAUCACCUGGAGGAAAUCGAAACAUGCCAUGCCGUGUCGAAAAGUGUAUUUCUAAUCGUACUGCUUGGGUCACGUUUAGGCAAUUUUUUACUGCCAACCAAACUCGACCCCACCAUUUUUACGGCCAUUUCGAAGCUAUCGACCGGCGACGAGGUGGAAUGUUUGCGGAAGUGGUACAGCACCAGAGGCCAACAGACGGGCAUCCAUCCGGUGGACGAGAGGCUGGCGAACGGUGAAGGAUGCUACUACUGGCUGGCUACGGACUACAGAACGUUGGAUCGGGCGGAAUGGGUGAAGGAAGCGGAACGGUUGCGCGAGCUGCUAGAAAGACGGUUAGAGGAAGUGUUGCGCCUGGCUGCGGGAAAGGAAAAGUCAUCCGAAGAUGGAUUGGACGGGGAACAAUUCUGUGAUAAUCUGAAACGACUGAAAACCAGAGCUAUCGCACGGGAAAUUGAAAAGGGUUUAGCGUGUUCACCGGGACGCAUUUUGACACUUUUUCGCCAGUGGCAGAAGCAGCCGGAAAAUGGUUCUACCGAGCACGGAGAUGAUGGUCCCCCGGGCACGGCCGAAUGCACGGAUGUGGAACAGCUAGUGAGCAGCCUCGUACAAGCGUUACCUGCCAGCAAUCACCAGACGUUAACCGUUGAUUGGGCGGAAAAUGGAAUCGACCCGGAGCUCGAAUGUCACGAUCUCUACUUGAGCGGCUUCAAGAACAAAAUGUUCGAAAUGAUGAAGGCUUCCAUCGAUCAGGAUUUGGCCAAGGAUCCGAACGGUGGCAAGGGACGCAAGAAGACGGUACAGGAAAUAUUCCACGAGCAUUCAACGCAUUUAAUGUACUUAAAUGAGCACCUGAGUGCAAACAAGUACAUCUCGUCCAAGGUACCGGAGCGGAUACGGCAGAAUGUGCAGAUGAACUUCCGGUCGGGUAGCCGGCAUCCGCCAUACUUCAUCCACGGUGGACACGGUACGGGCAAGAGCACUUUGCUGUCACACAUCUACACCGAGCUGACGGGUUGGUUCGAGCACGUAAAGGUGCACCGCAUAAUACGGUACGCUGCGGCUACGCCCCGUUCCGCCUACAAUCUGGAACUGUUGCGCGUCGUCUGUCAACAGCUGGCCAUCAUCUUGAACAUUCCCGAGGGUUACUUGCCGAAGGAUGCAUCGUUCGAUCCGCUGUACAUCAACAACUGGUUCCAGAACUUGCUGAAGCACUGCGAAGACCUGCACAACGAGAUACUCUUCCUGUUCAUCGAUGAUCUGCACCGGUUGAAUCCACUCGACUGCGACAUCGUGGCCGCACUGUCCUGGCUCCCUAUCAGUUUGCCCUGGAACGUGUUUCUGGUCGUGUCUACCACGGUGCCGAUCGAAUCACUCCGGUUGACGCCGAUGCAGAAGGAACGGUUCAAGUGUGCGGAAUACUUUUUCGAUCUUGCGCUAGAGCAAAACGAAACCAAAGUGCUACGUUGGGGCGGGAAUCUAUCCGCCCCGGAGGAGCCCGAGCACGAUGUGCCCACGUUCGUGCAGCUGGUAAACGGAUUGUUCGAUGCGAUGGAGCAACGAUUCGGUGUAAAAGGUUUUAGCCGACUAGCCAUCUACAUUACGUGUUCCGAGUAUGGGUUGACCGAAACGGAGCUGCUUGAGUUGCUGAUGCCGACACAGGACGCUGAGCUGGUCAUCGAUAGUCACGAGGGAGACUUCAACUUUUCCACCUUCCGUACAAUUCGCAAUCAAAUGAGGCUCAUACUGCGGGAGAAACUCAUGUCCGGCAAGCUGUUGAUCGUCUGGCGGCACAGCAUAUGUUCGGAGAUUACCAGGGCCCGCUACAUGACGCCGGACAUUACCCGUUCCAUUCACUCGGAGCUGGUGAAUCUGUUCUUCCCACCGGACGGUGACGAUAGUGAGGACAUGUCGACCGAACAGCAUAGCAGAAAAUCGAGCAUGCAAACACAGCAGGAUGACAAUGUGACCCAAGUGCUAAACCUAGGGCCGGACAUUUCCUACAGCAUACGGCACGUGGAGGAAGCCUGGCAUCAUCUAAUCAAGUCGGAGGACACCAAAAAGCUAAAAGAAAUAGCCGUGUGCAAUUUCGACUUUUUACUUGCUGCAGUGCAAACAGUGUCCAUCAGCUAUCUGCGCUGUCUAAUCGAGCACGUGCGCUGUUACAUACUGGAUCGUGACAUCGAGCUGGUGUAUUACACGAUCCGGAAGUCGAGCGAUGUACUGACCCGCGACCCAAUGCAACUGGGUGCUCAGUUGAUUUCCUGGCUAAAGUCGGUGUCGGCACACGAAGGACCGCAGGCAUUGCUCAGCGUAACGGUGCAAUCGGCAACGGCCUGGUGCGAUGGGUACACCGUCCCAUUGCUCGUACCAUUGACUGGUUGGCUUCCGGUUCCACUGCCCAGCCAAAUUCGAUGCAUUACUGUACCAGGACCGGGCCCGGUACGUUGCAUUGAAGUUUCGCCGUCCAAACAGCAUCUGAUAUUAUCACCAAAAGUUGGAGACCCGCAGCUGUGGCACAUCAUGAGUAAUAGCCUAGUGCAUACGUUUAAAGGUCAUAGCGGCCCGGUUACGUACAUGAAGGUUCUGUCGCAGUAUCUGGUCACAACGUCCGAGGAUACAUCCGUUAUCGUGUGGGACAUGAAGACUCUGGCAAUGAAGUUGAGAUUACGUGAACACAUUGCUCCGGCACUGUGUGCUACGUUAGCGUUGGACAACAAGUACGUCAUAAGUGGUAGUGAUGAUUCCAGCAUCAUAAUCGCACUAUUCGAGACGGGAAAAGUGGUUACCAAAAUUGAUCAUCACCGUGGCCCAGUGACGGCUCUCCACAUGAGCUACCCCAGCGAAGUGCUCGUUUCGUCCAGUCACGAUGCAACCGUCUGUCUGUGGUCGCUGGUAAACUUCACCCUACUCAACUGCAUUCAAAUGGCACAACCCAUUCUCGGCAUGCAGAUUUCGUGCGAUUCGACGUUCCUGCUGGUACACUGUGCCGACAACGGUUUGUAUCUUCGGUCGCUGACCACCGGCACGGAGCUGCACGCGCUGAAAGGACACAAAUCGAAGGUCCGUGCCCUUUGUAUUGCAAUGGACAGCCAGCGGGCGAUCGUUGGCGGGGAGGAUACGAGAGCACUCAUCUUUGACAUGCAUUCCGGCCGUAUAAUUCGCUCGCUGCCACCGAACCCGGGCGCCGUCACCGCGGUGUACGUGAUGGAGAAGGACGACUACCUCAUCACGGCCGGUGGUAAUAAGAUCACGUUCUAUUCGUUUCGCAACGAAGAUUCCAUUGUCAAUUUCUACCCGAAGAAGAAGAAAACGCUCAAAAAGUUCCACCGCAAUCGGUUGGCGUUGCAGUCGACCUCGAGUCCGGUGAUUUGUUUCGAUGUGUCGCGUGACUCUACCAUGGCGGCGGUAGCAUCGAGCCGAUGCGUACAGAUAUGGCAGUUGAAUUCACCGGAGUUGACAAGCAUUCUGGAGGGCCAUACGGCCACAGUGACGUGCGUAAGCUUUGCACCAAACUGUGAGCUAGUCGCUUCCGGUUCGGAGGACAAAACGGUGAACGUCUGGAGUCUGGGACUGGGUUCGGUGACGGCAACCUUCAAGGGGCACAACACCUCGAUCACAUCCGUAACGUUCAUGAUGGACGCAAGACGCAUUAUAUCGGCCGAUCGGGACGGUUUCCUGUACGUGUGGAUCUCCGACUCUGGCAUGAUACUGCAGAACGUACAGGGACCGCACAAAUGUUUGUCCGUUACGAACAACAUGAAGUUUGCCGUGUGCACUAACGGAGACUCGAGCUUGCGUAUCUGGUCGCUGACGCGCGAGGACGAAAAGUACACGGUGUCCCAUUCGGAUGAGAUUACGUGCUUCAUCAUUACGGCUGACUCACUGUACGUUAUCACCGGAUCGCGAGACAUGUCGCUGAAGGUGUGGCAAGCGACGGGAGGCAAGUUGGCGCAGGUCCUUGUCGGUCACACGGAUGCAGUCACGUGCGUGGCGGUGUCAGUUACCAACAAAAGUCAAGUCAUCUCUGGUUCGAAGGAUUCCAAUCUCAUCAUUUGGGACAUACACACCGGUGAGGAAAUACAUACACUCGCCGGCCAUCUUGGACCGGUGACAUGUGUCAAGGUGUCUGCGGAUGGGACGACAGCCGUAUCGGGCAGUGACGACAAGACGCUAAUCGUGUGGGAAACGAAACGUGGCCUAGCAUUAACCUCGCUGCAGCUCCACGUACAGUUCACACGCUUCGAUAUCAGUCUCGAGUGUUCGCGUAUCAUCGUACAGUUGGUGGACAGUUCGUGUUUACCUAUCAUCUGCCUGCAUAACUCCCCUGCAAGUUACAUUAAGCUUCCGACUUACUCCGCACCGGCACGGGAUGUAGAGGAUCUUCGUCCGGCAGGGCCGAAACGUCCCGCACGGCGUCUGCUCAAGAAGGAAGUUUCGCUGGACACGUACACCUGGCAGAAGAAGUACGCCCAUCUAACGUCCUCAGUCAUGAUGGCACAGGUGGACGAGCGUCUCAAACGACGCUUUUCCGUGUCUGCCAGCAUGGAGGAGAUUUCGAAGCUGGCCGAAGCGAAGAAUGUCGAAUCGCAGGCCACGCUCGGUCCGGAACAGGCGGCCCUUGCACAGUCCCAACACUUUGAUCAGCUGGAGGCACUCUGGAACAAACGAUCGCCUCCAAGACGCAGACUUAAUGCGUCACUGUCGCGGCAAUCGUCACUGGUGGAGGAUCGGAUCGACUCAUCGGACGAAGACGAGUUCCAGGAGGAACGCGCAGGUAUGUCGAAGAAACUGGCCCUCUUUCACGCGUCGCGCCCUCUCUCGCUUUCGGUAGAUGCAUGGAACUGUUCUAGUCUGUACUCCUCAACUUCCUCCACCAACACCCAAUACAACCAACCGAACCAUCAUCAGCAGCACCAAUACCACCAGUACCAUCACCGGCAUCAGCCCGAUCUGUUGCGCGAGGUGCUGCUACUGAAGAAGCAACACUCGGUACCGACCGGUGGCCAUGCGGUCGAUCCGUUCGCCGCCCAGCUCAAGCUAUCCUCCACCGAGACUGAUCUGCAGGCCCUGUUUCGGCACUGCACGUUCGGUACGCUCAGUUGCCAUUCGCGACGCCGCCAGUCGAGUCCGGAGAGUGAACAGUACCAUGUGCGCACCCGUCGUAAGUCUCGCUCGAUCGAUAAUCUGGACCACGAGGUGACGGUCUUUCGGCAACCAUGUCGACGCAAUCCCAUGUCCCGGUCGUGUCUCAUGCAGUGAAUUAAGAUCAGUCAAUUAAGAUCUUAGAAAUAUGGGAUUUCUCUGAAGGGGUUUCGUUUGUCCUCAGCACGAAACUUGCACAACUGGGUUAAGGUGUGUGUGUGUGUGCGUGUAUUUGCGUGUGUUUGUGAAUUCGUGUGAGAGCGAUGUGUGUGCUAUUUCUGGGGAGCAUCCAGUUUGCCACUAACUAACAAAAUAAUUUUCCUUUGUCCUCAAAGGAACUUUUAUUUGCCGCAUAUUUGUCUGCUGCUGUGCAAGAUUUGCUAAAAAAGAAAUUUAUUUUUGAUUGAUUUUUUGGGAAAAAAUUAUUUUGCAGUAUUUGCAAUUAAAUCUCAUUGGGGCAUUGAAUGACGCCGAUAAUUUUAGAUUAAAAAAAUGUUGCUAAUGAUCGGAAGAUUCACUUUGAUCGUGGAGUUUUUCAUAGGAAAAGCUUCUUCCUGGCAUAAACAAAAAAUAGUAUCUGUAGCAGAGCUUUAUGAUAAGAUGAUCCGUAAAUGGCGUCAAGAUGGACUAACGGUGGCUUUAGUGGUGAUGAAUUGACAACAAGUAAUGCAAUGCGAGUUACGACACAAAAUUAUUCGUUUGGUUGAAUUUGGUACAUUUGCCACAGUAUUGCGCUGUACGUUUCAUUCGAUAAAACAAAACUUUAAUCCCUUUUUUUUAGAACUAAUAGCUUUGCUAAAUUUUCCUUCUAUUUCUCAGUAGCUCAAAUUGGUCUUUUGUACCUACAUCAAUCACUAGGCUAGCAAACAAAAAAAAACUCGCUUGCUUUAUUUAUUUUCAUCUUUACAAAGUUUUUUCUUCACAAUUUUUCCUAAUCUUUCACCGCUUUCUAUUGUAGAUUUGAUUCUGUUUUUUUUCCUUUAGGAUAUAUUAUCACAUGUUUAACUCUCUUUAUUAACAACGUAGCGGUUUCAGUAGUAACAAUAACAAUUUAGUCGAGUAACCUAUCUCAAGCAUGUGUAGCACACCUUUUAACAGUUGUUCCGCAGUUCCGCUUCCAAUACUCACUAGUGCUACAGCUUGCUUUACGCUGCUUGGUAUUACAGCUUUACGUAAGUAGUGUUGGUAAUAUACCUUUCUUCCCCAUUCAACUCACACACUUACUAAGUAGACUAAUUAACACCAAUUACUUUUGCUUCCGGAACUAUACUCGCACAUUCAACACAAUCAACAAACUGCUGCUUCCACUCGGUGUUUUGCAAAUGGUUUGUAACGAAAUUCAUAACCUUUUUGUUUGUUCUCUUCCUUACAGAUGUUCUAGCCGAUUAAACAGAAGAAAGAAAAAUAUCCCAAAAACUCUAUCACCGGACAGCGAACUGCAAGGGAUUUGAUAGUGGUUUAAUUUUAGCAAUGGUUUGUACACCACCGUAUUGUUAAAGCAAACUAGGCUAACCCGAUUAUCAUCAUCGUACAUCAAUAAUAUCUAAAAAAAAACAUUCCAACUCAAAAGGGGGAAUUUAGAGCUGUUUGGUAACAUCUAUUGAGCAAGCUUUAGGAUACGAAAGCUCCCAUAAAUCGUUCUUUUGCCAUAAAGCUUUUGUGUGGAAAUCAUAGCAAGGACACUGAAACCAUUGAAAGUUCCAUCUCGAAAGCAUGGCCAUACUCUCGUUCGCCGUGCAUUACCCUCGCCUUUGGUUCGUUUCUACAACAUGUAAGCUUUUAACGUACCAUAUCGAAAGCUCAUAAAAAGGCCGUGAGAACAAGGAAACGAAAGUCACAUUCUGAUUCGUACGUUGUUUGAUAGCGACAAAAGAAAGCAGAAAUCAGCAAUCAAUCGAAGCAUAAAAAACACAGUUUGUGAAGGAGUCGUUUAUCGUUCAAAGCUUUCCGAAGCUUUUCGAAGUAAAUGUGUGGCGCUCGUGCUAGAGUGUUACGCACCGGCGAAACGUUUCUUCAAACAUCCUUGCGUUAUAGCGUUACAAUGAAAUUAUUAAAUGUUAAGAUGUUAAAAGUAGCAAUCGUAGCAGCGCUUAAAUAUUAAACAAAAACCAUACACUAGUAGUGAUAAACAAAAUAACAAAUUGACAUUACUCGUUGGUUGAAUGUGAACGGUUGGUUAGCAUCAUAACAACGGCGAUAUGCUAAUCCACAUGUUUUUACUUCACAAUACUUAAAAACAAAAACAAAAAAAAACCAAACCAAAAAGCAGUUACAAUAAACGAUAAUACGGGAUAAAGCUGAUAUUUAUAGCAAUAGCAAAUUGUUACUAGCGUGCAGUCUGUGAAAUGGUGUACACCAGCAUGCAUUCUGUAAUGCAUAUGAGUAGUAUUAGAUGUCCUUUUUCUGCAACUGAAUGUCUAGGAAGAUUUCGGAAAAAAACAAACAAGGCAAAGAGAGAUUACUCAUAGACAAGACAAGAUGUUAUCCAGCAUGAGCAUUAAGCGUAGAACAAUGUAUUGGGUAGUGUUAUGUCAUGUCGUGUGCGUGUGGUGUCUACAAAGAAAUGAAUAUUAUCUUCCCUCGUAUUAUACACACUCAAAAAAAAAAAAUACACACACCUCUCCCACAGCUGGACUGCACUGAUCUACGAUACCUUUUUAAGAGAGAAUAGAAGUCUUGUAGUGGUACUGAAAACCUUUUUCUAGCACCGACAAUCAUGAUUGUUUGUUGACCGAUUUCUACAAUCAAGUACUUUCUGAAGCAGAAGGCACACAAAUGCAAAACAAAACAAAAAAAAAACACGAAACUAUAUAAAAUACCCCAUGUUUUUUGCUGAACCAAUUUAUUGGUGCAUCGUUUUGUCCCGUUUGACACCUUUUCUAGUUAAUGAUGUAUUUUAGAGUAUUCCAUUUGACGGGUAAAUAAUUGACGUUAACGUAAAUACAAUCAAUCCAUACAACAACGCAUCUGCAAAAGUUUAUCCUUCAACGUUUUGUUAGUAAGAACUUGUUUAGUUUGCGUUUGAGGUUGUUUUUAAUCUUUACGGUACAUCGUUUAUCUUUCGAUUAUUUCUAUUUUAAUUUUGUUACAAAAUAUUUAUUCUCAUUAUCUGUAUACAAAGAAGUUUUAUCUUAAAUUUAUCUAUCGCUGGAGUAAUUUUAAAACUAUUAAACAAUUUAUUAAUGGACUGCUGACCAAGAGGCCAGUCUGAUACACUUUGUUCCAUGUCGUACGUAAGGUUAUCAUUUUAACAAUGAGUUUUACUUUUAAACGAAAUAUUUCAUCCAGAAGUAUUACUAAAUUAAGCAUGGAAGUAAAAUAUUAUGAACCGAGAAACUUUAAUAUGCUGUAACCUGUAGUGACGGAUGUCAAUGCCAUUAAGUGAGAUGCCAUAAUAAAAAAAUAUCCAGAAACUGUAUAAAAAUAUGUAUUAGAAUGAAA